CCGCGCCCGCCUCUAUGACUGGCGGCGGGCGCGGCCACGUGACGCUUUCAACCGCGCCGCGCGGGACCUGCGCCGGGAGGGAGCGAGGCCGCGGCGGGGCGCGCGGGCGAUCAGGACUCCCUCAUUCAUAGCUUGGGCCAAGCAGUCAUAGGAUGGACUGUCAACUCUCCUGCAGGCACUGAAGUGACUUCGUAAACACUGGCCGUGAGCCGAGGUCCUUGCACAGGCGAUACUUCUGCUCAGAGAAAAAGGUUUAGAGAGACAUGGAGCUUGAAAAAAUCAUUCGUGACACACUGACACACUUCAUCCAGUCCCACAUCCCUGCAGCAGACCUCAGUGGGAUGGAUGAUGUUUUCUUCUCUUACAUCACGGGUGUCCUGGAAGAGCUGGGCUUACCAGAGUCCUCUGAGGAGACUUUUGACAUGGACACAUUUGUGGAAAUGAUGGAGGCGUAUAUCCCUGGUUUUGCAGAAAUCCACAGUGGGGAUGUUUGUGAAAUGAUGUUCUCCCUCUCAGAAAGUCUUGGUGAAGCUCGCAACAAAGAAAAAACAGGCCAAAAGGCUGUGGAAAGCGGGAGUGAAGCACCCUCUGAAGACCUGACCAAGGGCCAGGAGCCUGAAGCUGGAGCCUGCAACGGGGAAAGGCUGCGCACUCCAACAGAUGGAGCUGGGGCCCAGGAAGGCGAUGACUUGAAGGAUGGGGUAGAGCUGCUACUGGAGAUGUUCCCGGCCUGUACUGUGAGCCAGGCAGAGAAGGCACUUGCGAUGACCUUGGGGAACUUGGAGGAGGCAGUGCAGUUAAUUGUGGAGGAGAAGGUUGAAAUUGGCCCAGCAGGUGUGAGCAUGAAGGAACUGGCACGGCCCCGCAGAGCGCCCAACCAUGAGGAACUAAAACAGGUUAUCCUACAGAAAUACAUGAUGGUGGAUAGUGCAGAUGAUCAGAAAACACAUCGGCCAGCUCCACCCAAAGAGGCUCCCAAGAAGUUGAUCCGCUAUAUUGAUAACCAGGUGGUGAGUACAAAGGGGGAGAGGUACAAAGACAUCAAGAAGCCUGAGAGCGAGGAGAUGAAGAAAACCUACAUCAGCAUCAAACCAGCCAGGAAGUACAAGUUCCACUGACAGCCAGGUCCUCCUGCUCUUCAGCCUCCACCUCACCAGCCAGGCAUGGCAGGAUGGACACGUGGCACUAGGGAUGAGGGGACUCCUCCACCUGCCACUAACUAGAACUAACCUGGGAGCCAGAAUACUGCUUUCAGCUUCCUCAACUAACCUGGCUGACAAGGAGGAGAUUCUCUCCUUGUGUAGCUGUCCCUCUGCCCCCAGGGGCACACCGCAGUGGCUCUCGGGGGCCUGGGCAUACUCUGCUAUUCCUUGCAUGGGACAUUUUUAGAUCUAAGAUGUGGCUUGUGCUUUUGCAGCAAGCUUUUUACAAGUCUGUGUGCACUGUUGCUUUAAACUGAGUGCCAGUGUUAAUAAAGAUGAUGUGAGUUGGUGUGUA